AUGAUCGACUUCAUGUUUCAUGGACGAAAAGAAGCCGACAAGAUACAGUACAACGCGGAGCACAUUGGAAAUCUCAAUGGACCUAUGCACUUUCCAUGGUUUGACACAUUGAGAACUCCUGUUCUGCUUGAUCAGUGUGCAACUCCGCCACGUUGGAAUCACGACCAGAAUCUGAUUGUGUCGCCGUUCAAGAUUCUACAACAUUUGGAAGGCUGGCGACAAAAAGUCAACGAUGAAUAUCAGCAAAUGACGCAGAAGCUUGAGCAUUAUGAAGAAACCUUCGGAACGACGUGA